AUGGCGACUGCUGUACCUGAAAAAUACGUGGUUCCCGCUGUCGUCCAGUCCAUCGUAGUUAGUGAAAUCCCAGGCAGCAGCAUUAAAUCUUCCUUGGAUUCGACAGUGGGAGCCAGAGCAGAAAAGGGAGAAAAAAAAAACUUUUUUACUCGACCAUGGGGACGACGUCAGAUUGGGAUACUCUGCGUUCUGGGGUUCUUCGGAUUGGCCUUAACAGCACUCGUCAUUGUCCUCCCCAUUUAUUUCACUAAGAUCUACGGCUUUGCGAAAGACACUGAUAACUACUGGAGACUACCCCAGCCAAAUGAAGACCACAGCUACUACCUCGAGGAGAAUCGACCUGUCUUCGCCCUCGUCAAUUUCCCGGACCCGGGCCUCAUUCAACACAAUGGCACAUGGUAUGCCUACGGGACCAAUCCCAAGAAAAAGAACCCCCACACUAUCCAUGUACCCGUUGCCACAUCGACCGAUUUUAUUAACUGGACUCUUCACGAGGAUUACGACGCGAUGCCGACUCUUGGCACUUGGGAGAAGAAGGUCAAUCAUUGGGCUCCGGAUGUGAUUCAGCGCGACGACGGCAAAUUUGUCAUGUAUUACUCAGGAGAAGCCGAGAAUUACGGGAGCCACCAUUGCGUGGGAGUUGCUGUAUCAACCGGCACGAGCCCACUAGGCCCUUACAUCCCCGAAGACAAGCCACUAGCCUGUCCACACAAGCAUGGCGGUGCUAUCGACCCCUCACCGUUCAGGGACACCGACGGCACGCUGUACGUGGUCUACAAGGGCGACGGAAACAGCGUUGGACGCGGCGGCAACUGCAACAACAGCAAGAAGCCAGUUGUAUCCGUUCCGAUUCUCCUACAGGAGCUGAAGAGCGAUGGUAUCACAUCCGUCGGGGAGCCAGUGAAAAUUCUCGAUAUUGACGAUACAGAUGGUCCCCUGGUUGAGGCUCCUGAUAUCUUGCUCACCGAGGACGGCACCUACUAUCUGUUCUUUUCUUCGCAUUGCUAUGUCUCGCUGGGCUACAAUGUGAAAUACGCACACUCGAAAACCCCCAAGGGUCCGUACAUCCGGGCUGAUCGGCCUUUGCUGCAGACUGGUGAUUGGGGGCUCGAGGCGCCUGGUGGUGCGACGGUUUCGACUGAUGGGAGCAAGAUUGUUUUCCAUGCCAAUUGCGGUAUAUUCCGGUGCGUCGAAUUCUACGAAAACUACGGGAACACUCGUGAGCCGGACUAG